ACUCACUACCUCGCUCGCACCAAACAAGCAAAACACCCAUUUACCCAAAAAAACCAAAAAAAAAAAAAAAAAACAAGCAAAACACCCUAAGCUCGGAAGCUCCCAACUCACUGAGUCAGCAUCCAUGGCGGUGGCCUCCACAUCUCUCGCCUCCCAACUCUCCGGCCCUAAAUCCCUCUCCUCUUACUCCGGCCUCCGUCCGUCGUGCUGCAAACUCGAAUUCUCUCACUCUCUCUCCGCCACCCAAUCCCUCUUCCGGCACCUUCACUCCCUCCUCCGCCUCUCCUCCUCCUCUCGCAAGGCCUCCAGAGGCGUCGUCGCCAUGGCCGGCACCGGAAAGUUUUUUGUUGGUGGAAACUGGAAGUGUAAUGGCACAAAAGACUCCAUAAGAAAGCUAGUCGCUGACUUGAACAGCGCAAAAUUGGAAGCGGAUGUUGAUGUUGUUGUAGCACCACCAUUUCUUUACUUAGAUCAGGUGAAGAGCUCAUUAACAGAUUGUAUUGAAUUAUCUGGUCAAAAUUCUUGGGUUGGAAAAGGUGGGGCCUUCACGGGAGAAAUCAGUGUGGAACAACUGAAGGAUAUUGGAGCCACAUGGGUUAUUCUUGGGCACUCAGAACGGAGACAUGUGAUUGGUGAAGACGAUCAGUUUAUAGGAAAAAAAGCUGCCUAUGCCUUGAGUGAGGGCCUUGGAGUAAUUGCUUGCAUCGGUGAGAAGCUAGAAGAAAGGGAAGCGGGUAAAACUUUUGACGUCUGCUUUCAGCAACUGAAGGCUUUUGCUGACGCAGUACCAAGCUGGGAUAAAAUAGUUGUUGCUUAUGAGCCUGUAUGGGCCAUUGGGACUGGUAAGGUGGCCAGUCCAGAACAAGCUCAGGAAGUACAUGUAGCUGUUCGCGAUUGGCUGAAACAGAACGUGUCAGCAGAAGUUGCAUCUAAAACAAGAAUUAUUUAUGGAGGGUCUGUAAAUGGAGGCAAUUCUGCUGAGCUCGCGAAGAAGGAAGAUAUUGAUGGUUUUCUUGUUGGCGGUGCAUCCUUAAAGGGUCCUGAAUUCGCUACUAUCGUCAACUCUGUGACAGCCAAGAAAGUUGCUGCUUGAUUAUGGUGGUUCCAAGAUCAAAUAAAGGGCCGAUGCGAAGGUACCUUGAGAUCGAAGCAUGUUGUAACAAAUGUAUGAGCUAGUUUAUCAUAAGGAAAUUUCAUUUUUCUUUUUCUCAUUUUUUUUCGGGUCGUUUUGGAAGUUUUCCCCCCUUCAUAAAGAUGGAAAAAUAUCUUCUAUCCAUUUUCCAUGGGCCACUUAUUGUCUGGUGGACAUUAGAGAGCAAAUACAGGUCAUUUUAUUUUCUGUGGCACGAACAUUUUGAACAAAAUGGUCCUUUCAUAAUUAAAUCCACAUUUUGGGGUCUUCUCUUUCCUGCCCUAA